UUGGACUUUGCUGGCUUUCAUCAAUUACUACACCCUCCCUCUUCCUUCUCACCUCUGGAGGGAGAAGAAAGGCAAGGAAAACCAAAGGACAAACGACUCAGCGUUAUUUCUGGGACUGAAUGAACCUAAUGGCUCCCUACAAAGUGGAAAAGUCCCAUCACCUCCUGUUUCCGUGAGGGUGCUUUUGGAUGAGAUAGCGUUAAAUUGGUUGACUUUGAGGAAAGCAGAUUGCCUCUGUCAGGUGGGUGGGCCUUAUCCAAUCAGUUGAAAACCUGAAUAGAACAAAAGACUGACCUCCUGGAAGCAAGAGGGAGUUCUGCCAGCAGACGGCCUUUGGACUUGACCUGCAGUGUCAGCUCUUCCCUGGGUCUUCAUCUUGAUUGCCUUUCGACUUGAACUACAGAUUUCGGACUUGCCAGCCUCCAUGAUCACAGUUGCUAUAAUGGAAGUCAAAGGGAAAAAAAAAAUCACAGGAAAAGGUACAAAGCCAUCACAAGAAAAAAACAGAUUUCAUAAAAACAGUGAUUCUGGUUCUUCAAAGACAUUCCCAAAAAAAGUUGUUAAGGAAGGUGGACCUAAAAUCACAACUAAGAACUUUGAGAAAACGGCCACAAAACCUGGGAAAAAAGGUGUGAAGCAGUUCAAGAAUAAGCAGCAAGGGGAUAAAAUACCAAAGAACAAAUUCCAGCAGGCAGAUAAAUUCAACAGGAAGAGAAAAUUCCAGCCAGACAGUAAAAAUGAUGACACAGCAGUCAAGAAACCCAAAUGGGAUGAGUUCAAAAAAAAGAAAAAAGAACUGAAGCAGAGCAGGCAACUCAGUGAUAAAACCAACUACGACAUUGUUGUUCGGGCAAAGCAGAUCUGGGAGAUCUUAAGAAGAAAAGAUUGUGACAAAGAAAAAAGAGUGAAGUUGAUGAAUGAUUUGCAGAAGUUGAUUCAAGGGAAAAUUAAAACUAUUGCGUUUGCACAUGAUUCAACUCGUGUGAUCCAGUGUUACAUUCAGUAUGGCAACGAAGAGCAGAGGAAACAGGCUUUUGAAGAACUGCGAGGUGAUUUGGUUGAAUUAAGUAAAGCUAAAUAUUCCAGAAAUAUUGUUAAGAAGUUUCUCAUGUAUGGGAGUAAAGCACAGAUUGCAGAGAUAAUGAGAAGCUUUAAAGGUCACGUGAGGAAGAUGCUGCGGCAUGCGGAAGCGUCCGCCAUCGUGGAGUACGCCUACAAUGAUAAAGCCAUCCUGGAGCAGAGGAACAUGCUGACAGAAGAGCUCUAUGGGAACACAUUUCAGCUUUACAAGUCAGCAGAUCACCCAACUCUGGACAAAGUAUUAGAGGUACAACCAGAAAAACUAGAGCUUAUCAUGGAUGAAAUGAAACAGAUUCUAACUCCAAUGGCCCAGAAAGAAGCUGUGAUUAAGCACUCACUGGUACAUAAAGUAUUCUUGGACUUUUUUACCUAUGCACCCCCAAAGCUGAGAUCAGAAGUGAUUGAAGCCAUCCGAGAAGCAGUGGUAUACCUGGCGCACACACACGAUGGUGCCAGGGUGGCCAUGCACUGCCUGUGGCACGGCACGCCCAAGGACAGGAAAGUGAUUGUGAAAACAAUGAAGACUUAUGUUGAAAAGGUGGCUAAUGGCCAAUACUCCCACUUGGUUUUAUUGGCGGCCUUUGACUGUAUUGAUGAUACUAAGCUUGUGAAGCAGAUAAUCAUAUCAGAAAUUAUUAAUUCCUUGCCUAACAUAGUAAAUGACAAAUAUGGAAGGAAGGUCCUGUUGUAUUUACUAAGCCCCAGAGAUCCUGCACACACGGUAAGAGAGAUCAUUGAAGUUCUGCAGAAAGGAGACGGUAACGCACACAGUAAGAAAGAUACAGAGAUCCGCCAACGAGAACUCUUAGAAUCCAUUUCUCCAGCUUUGCUAAGCUACCUGCAAGGACACGCCCAAGAGGUGGUGCUGGAUAAGUCUGCGUGUGUGCUUGUGGCUGACAUCCUGGGAGCUGCCAUUGGAGAUGUGCAGCCCGCCAUGAAUGCCGUCGCCAGUUUGGCAGCGGCAGAGCUGCAUCCUGGUGGCAAGGAUGGAGAGCUUCACGUUGCAGAACAUCCUGCAGGACAUCUAGUUCUGAAGUGGUUAAUAGAGCAAGAUAGAAAGAUGAAAGAAAGUGGACGAGAAGGUUGUUUUGCAAAAACACUCGUAGAGCUUGUUGGUAUGAAGAACCUGAAGUCCUGGGCUAGUGUCAAUCGAGGAGCCAUUAUUCUUUCCAGCCUUCUCCAGAGCUCUGAUCAAGAUGUUGCAAAUAAAGUCAAAGCUGGAUUGAAAAGCCUUAUUCCCACAUUGGAAAAAAGCAAAAACACCAGCAAAGGAAUAGAAAUGCUACUUGAAAAACUGACUGCCUAGAGUUUGCAAACAGACACUGAUUGCUGUGGGCAUGUUUGUACCCAAAACAGUGACUUGGAAGAUAGUGCCGAUGUUUCCACUUGCAUCCCUGUGAAGGAGUGGUGUUUGGAAUCUUUCAUCAAAAUGAUUUCUAAUGUUUAAACAUGGCCUCAUGCCCAUUGCUGAAUGUAAGUGGACGAAGAGAGCUCCAAAAACAUGGUAAUGAGAAAUUUUGGUCCAUACUGUCUUGUUUUUAGGGGAAUUAAUUCUAUCUUGGGGAAAAUGAUUAGUUCUUCGUUGUGCCGAUAUGUGAUAGCACUUAAGUGGAAGGUGAUAGAAAUCUGGUAAGGUUAUGAGAAUCAUCUGACUGUGCUCUUGAUGACUAUAAUUAAGCAUAAUGAAUAAUUUAGGUAUUUUAAAUGACUUCCAGAUGCUUGAAAACAGACUUUGCUUUUAGAUAGAAAUCCUCUUGCAUUUAAAACUCAUGUUCUUAUUGAUAAACCUGCCAGUGAACACAUUGACUUGCUGCUGUUACAUUCCACAGUAGACAGUGAUAGAAAGAAUGAACAUGAUUUUUAAAGACCUGUGUAACAGCAAGGAAGUGCUUUUGAGGAAAUGGACAAGUCUUGGGUGUUAUUUUUCUUGCCCAAUCAACUAUUCUGCCCCAUCUGUAUUGCUUAAUACUUAAAUCUAGCUCUAAACAUAGAUGUGUUGAAACCCGUUGCAUCUGCGUGUAAUGUAACCUGGUGGACGUGUGUUUUGGUCUGGCUGGCACCUCUUUGGGGGCUCCCCUCGUCUCACGUUUCAGUCGUCCCGUUUGUGUAGGGUGAGCCCAUCAUGACCUGCCUUCAUCAGAUGCACGUGACCCAGGGCUCCCAAAUCACAGCACCAUUCACUUGGCCACGGUGUUUAGUUAAUGGGUAAAGUGCGCCUUUUAACAAAUAGCAUCAAAUCAGAAUCUGGCAUGGGACCAAAACAAGAGCAUUUAGAGCUCUGGGGCUUCACUGGAUCGCUGUGAGGUUUAACUCAACUUCAAUUGAGUUUACAUGUGAAAAGGACCUAGAACUGGGCCUGAAUACACAGGUUGGGGCUCAGUCCCAGGGCCAGGCUUUCUAAUGGCCAGGUAGAAUCAUGGGAGAUUUGGAGAUUGCUGGAAAGCUUUGUUGUCACAAAGCCGUGACUUGGAAGUCAGAGUUCCCAUUGUUGAGUUUUUUUGACAUCAAACAUUUCAGCAACCCUUGCCCCAAAAUGCAGUAUUACACUUGCACUUUUGAGUUUGUAUUGGCUAAGAAAUCACAUAGGAAGGUCCAUGAAUUCAUUACCACUUUUAAAUACAUAAUUUACAAUCAAUUUAAAGCAGCUGUGUACCUUUGAAAAGCCUUCACUCCAUUUGUAGCUAGGGCUUGGGGCAAGGUAGGGUCUGCAGGCCCCCUGCAGUCUCUUCUGCCCACAGGUUAGGAAGCAAGGGUGAAAGCACUUGAGCCCAAAUUGGCUGUUUUUUAAAUGCAAAUAACCCUGAUAGGAACAGCACCUUUAGCUGUAGCCCGUGGUUAACACCUUCCUUUAAAGUCUAUCAACUUUUCGGGUAGAAUGCUGAGAGCUAGGCAGCUUGGAGAGGGAGUUGUUUCCUUGGGAAGGAGCAAGGGGUAAUUUGAGGUCAUUCACCUGGGCCAAAAAGCCUAGGAACAGCAGAGAAGUCCAGGGUUUCAACUUGCUUAGUGGUCUUGUCAUGCAGAGAUGGGUGUGAGUCAGCACCGGGAGACACUGGGCCAACUCCAGGUGAUUGCUUUGUAGAGGAAGUUGCCUUGGAUUUGUUUGAGAAGCUUGGACCCAGCGUGGGUUCUGCCCCUUACUAGGCAGGUGAUUUUGGUCCUCAGUUUUCUCAUCUACAAAACAAGCCACCUGCUUCACGUUCCCUCAAUUAGUAGACUUCUUUAAACAAGAACAUUCACUACAAAUGGGAGGGUUUUUUUUUUUUUUUUUUUUUGCGGUACGUGGGCCUCUCACUGCUGUGGCCUCUCUCGUUGCGGAGCACAGGCUCCGGACGCGCAGGCUCAGCGGCCAUGGCUCACGGGCCUAGCCACUCCGCACCAUGUGGGAUCUUCCCGGACUGGGGCACAAACCCGUGUCCCCUGCAUCGGCAGGCGGACUCUCAACCACUGCGCCACCAGGGAAGCCCCUGGGAGGGGUUUUUGAGAGCAGUACCGCAGUGAAAAGCACUUGGAGUUUGUUUUCAGAAGAUCUGGCUUUGAAGCGCGGCCCUGAGUCUGACCAGAAAUGUGAGUCACAAUCUUUAGAAACUUCUGUUUUCUUAUUUAUAAAAAUAGAGAUAGUACCUGAAAAUUUCAGAGGGUUGAGGUCAGAAUCAAAUGAGAUUGUGUAUGUGAAGAUGCCUUGUAAAACUUUGUAGGUGUUCAUGAUUCCCGAGAUAGGUUGGAUAUUCCUUGCCUUGUUUGGUUCCCAAGUCACAGGGUUGCAGUGUGCCAGGGACUCGGCCAGAGGUGCAGGGUGGAAGAAGGGGAGAAAGGACCUUCUCCAGGGGAAGAACCUUCGGUGACUUAAGUUAAUACAAGGAGUACACAGCCCUCCUCCACCAGGAUUGUGGGGGGACAGGCAUGUCCUGACUCACCUUAGAAGCAGGUAAUACGUGGUACUUUGAUUCUGCAGUACAACAAAUCAUGCAUUUGGGAUAAGGUGAGAGCUCAGCAAAUGGCGUUUGAGGCCUGGCCUGGCCUGGGAAUCGAAGGAUUAGUAUGGUAGAAUGAAAGGAGCUUGGGAUAGAUGUGAGUUCUAACCCGCAACCCACCAGUAGAUCAGGUGGUUUCUAGAUGGGAUGCUCCAAGUCCCAGCUUGCCCUGAGAUGCCUUGGGGAGCAGCACUGUGGUAGGAGGUGGGGGCAGAGCCGAUGGGGCUCUUGACCAGCCACCUAGGCUCCAGUGAGAGCAGCCCCGCUAAUAUCUGUUUAACACGUUCAGAUUUGGAGUUAGGUUUCUUUUUGUAACAGGGUUCUGCUGUUAAAAACAAACAAAAAGCUAGAAAACCACUGAGAUUGCAAUCUCCUGCACGGUGUCCUCAGUGCUGCAUGCAGUCAGCAAGCUGGGCCAGAAGGGAGGCAUUAGACUGCGAGCAGAUUUCCUGUGAAGCCACGAGGCUUAAGCAUCUGGGCCGCUUGCUUGCUUGGCAUUCCAAAGCCUGCUACAUCAUUUUGUAUUCAUACUUUAAUUUUUUCUUAAGGGGAGAUCCUAAAUUGUACAGGCUUUAGGCCCCACGAAUCCUGGAUCCCUUGCGUUAGACGCAAGCUUCUUUUUUUUUUAGAAAUUUAUUUUUAAUUUAUUUAUUACUUUUGGCUGUGUUGGGUCUUUGUUGCUGCGCUGUGGGCUUUCUCUAGUUGCGGCAAGCAGGGGCUACUCUUCGUUGUGGUUCCCAGGCUUCUUAUUGCGGUGGCUUCUCUUGCGGAGCACGGGCUCUAGGCACGUGGGAUUCAGUAGCUGUGGCGCACGGGCUUAGUUGCUUGUUCCACAGCAUGUGGGAUCUUCCCGGACCCGGGCUCGAACCCAUGUCCCCUGCAUUGGCAGGCGGAUUCUUAACCACUGUGCCACCGGGGAAGCCCAAGACGCAAGCUUCUUAAUGUACAGACAUCACUACACACCCGUCCUGGUGAACUGAACGUGCACCCUUAGAAAGAACAAACCAGCCAUUUGGAAUGGGGUGGGUGUUGCUUUGCAAGCUCAACUUUAUUAAGUGAUGGCAAAUCCAGUGCUGUAUUAUUCCUGCUAAAUAAGAAUGGAUAUAUAAUAUUGGUUAUUGCUCAUCUUCUUUCUUCUCCUCCACCAGCAUUAUUAUCAGAGUAGCAUAGCUUUGAGGCUAAGAACGCAUACUGUGUAACGAUUCCCCAUAGAAUACUGUCAUGUGAUGUAUUGAACACAGUGCCUGGACAUGAAAAGCGCUCAUAAGUUUUCGUUUUCCUUAUUAUCAUCAUUGGGUGAUUAGUCGAGAUAGAAACAACUAGUUUCCUAUCUCAGUACCUCAGAAACAGAACGCCAGUUUUUGGUUGGGUGGACUGCCCAACUCAAAAACAUUUCCGCCUUGUUCACAGAAAAGUUUUUUUGCCAAUGAGAUGUAAGAAUAAAUGUAUUCAUGCAGGAAGUCACGUUAAAGGAGAGAGAGUGCCCUCCUCUGGUCUUUUCUUUCUCUCACUCCUUUGAACUUAGAUGUGAUGGCUGGAACUUCAGCAUCUGUAUUGGAGCAUGUGGACAAGGUUUUUACCUUAUAGGCGUGUGAGCAGAAGGGAGCCUGUGUCCCUGCCAGCUUCAUGGAGUUGCUAUAUUAACCUUGGACUAUCAGCUCUCAAAUGCUUUUAUAAAGGCAGGGUUCUCAAAUCACUUGGAUGGCUUGUUAAAACAGAUUUCUAGGCCCUACCCCAAAAGUCUCUGAUUCAGUAGAUAAUGGUUUGGAGCCAAAGAGUCUGCAUUUUUAAUAAGUUCCCAGGUGAUACGGAUUGUGCUGGUCCCAGAACCAUGUUUUGAAAGCCAAGGUUUUACGCAUUUAGGGAAAUAAACUUUUCUUGUUUAAGGGGUUAAACAAGAUUUGGGGCUAUUUUGUUAUUAAAGUUGCGUCUUACACAUUAUUUAACUUUAGUAAGUAACUCUUCUUGCUCUGCUGAGUGUUGAGGAGCAGCAACACGACUAAAAUGCCCCUCAGAGCGAAGCAGAGAGAUGGGAUGAACUGCACAAGGAGUUUUGGGCCUCUGCAUCGUUCAUCUGUCAGAUCGGUACUGAGCACCUGGUAUGUGCUAGGCAUGUACAGAAAUAACUGAGACGUGGUCAUGAUUAACAGUAGUUAACCUCCAGGAUUUAACAGCUGAUACUCAUGUGGAAGUCCCGUUGAAUCAGACUCAUUAUAACCAGUGUCUGCAAGAGAGUGAUGAAAUGAGCAAAUGACUUCUCAUCAUUUGAUUAGUCUGGAAACGGGGAGGGGCACAGGGCUGGAGGGAGGGGUCCUUAGAGGCCAUCAGAGGCAGUGGUAAUCCACCUUACCUGCACGUCGGAAUCACCUAGGGAGCUUUAAAAUACUGAUGCCUGGGCCCCGUUUCCAGGGAUUCUGAUUUGACUGGUCUGGGGUGGAGCCAGGGUACUGAAUUGUUGAAAGUUCCUGUGGUGAUUUUAAUAGGUUGAAUAAGGCUGAGCUAGACCAACUCAGAGAGAUGAGGUGCCGGCCCCAAGGUGGCAUAGAGGGUCAGAGGCAGGCCCCCUGCUAUCCAGGAGUGCUCGUCAGAUGUGUGGCUGGCCCUAGAAACCUGCUCGAGGCCAGGUACACGGCCAGGUUAAUUCCCCUUCGCCUUUAAUUGUCCGUGACAUAGGAUGUGUGGUGCUGUAAGCGUGCAUCUGCUCCCAGCUCGGUGACAGAGAGCUCGCUGCAACUCAUCAGUUUUGCUAACAAGAUUUUCCUUGGUGACAGCAGAACAGAUCAUUUUAAUUAGCAUUAGAUAAUGAAUUUAAGAGCAUUGAAGUAGUUCCAAAAUCUCCCUUAACUUCCCUAAAUAACAUCAUCCAGGAAGUACUCUAGUGGGAUUUAUUGUUGAGAAAUAUCUGUGGUAAGGACACAGCAGAUGAGUCUCAUUGCAUGGGAUUAUUUUCCCUGGUUUUACUUUGAACAUACAGACAGAACCACCGGCUGUCAGAGCUGCAGGGACUGAAAUGUCUUCUGAUGUCCUCAUCCCUUAUCGGGUUUGCACAUCUCCUUGUCCAGUUGUCCCCAUGAGUUGGCUGUGACCCUGAACUUAGACCUGCUAGUAACAGGGAGUUCAUCCCCAAUCUCCUGAGAAGCACCUUCCACUCAGAAAGUCCUUCCUUACACUCAGCUGAGAAGGACCCCUAUAACUUCCCCCCUUGAUCAAUUCUGCUUUCUGGGAAUUCACUCCCUGCCCUUUACCACCGGGGGAGCAGGACAACAUCUCUGGGGGCAUCUUAAGGGAUUUGAAUAGAUGUUGUGUUGGGGAUGAAUACUGCUGCCGUUGGCCUCUGACUGAAGGGGCUGGGAAAAAAUGCAUUGUCCUUUCUGCCCUGAAAGAGCUUGCAAGUGGAUUUGCCCUCUCUCUAAAUUUCUGUGAAAUUGGCAGUGGAUAUUUUUGAUUCACAUCUGUCUCAAAGAAAAAAGGAAAAGAAAAAUCUCGGCAAACUUUUAAGCCGUUAGGCAUGGGAGUGCCCAUCUUGUUAUUACGGUGCUAGUGUCUCCUGGGUCAUAUUCUGAUUGAUUUAGAAAGAGGGUGUCUGUUUUCCUUUCCGAAUUGGCCUGACCCCACUGUGGAGAAGCUGUUGCAUCCCUAGACCUUAGCUGCUCUCUGGUAACCUGAAUCAGUAAUGUGAAAUUGCAUGAGCCAAAGACUCUCAAAUUCCAGUUUUCUUGACUCUUUUUUUUUUGUUUUUUAAUUUAUUUUUGGCUGCACUGGGUCUUCACACGGGCUUUCUCUAGUUGUGGCCAGCAGGGGCUACUCUUCGUUGCGGUGCGUGGGCUUCUCGUUGCGGAGGCUUCUCUUGUUGCGGAGCACGGACUCUCGGCGCACGGGCUUCAGUAGUUGUGGCACGCGGGCUCAGCAGUUGUGGCGCCCAGGCUCUAGAGCACAGGCUCAGUAGUUGUGGCGCAUGGACUUAGUUGUUCCGCAGCAUGUGGGAUCUUCCCGGACCAGGGCUUGAACCAGUGUCCCCUGCAUUGGCAGACAGAUUCUUAACCACUGCGCUACCAGGGAAGCCCCCUUGCCUCUUUUAAACAUAAAUUUCGUAAAGUAAGAUAAUACAAGACUAUUGCCUAUUGGCUUUUCUAUGGGCCAAGAUAAAAGUAUUAAUUUUGUUAAGUCUGUAGUUUAAAAAAGUAGACUUUUGGAGGUAUUAGAGAAUUAUUGUUAGAUGUACUGUACAAUCACAUCCCAUGUUUAAGUUACGCUUGCUCUGACACCAACUGGAAUACUGCUGUGUGCUUUUGAUGCUAAUCACCCAGAGUUAGUGUCAUAUCCAUAGACUUAAGGGCAUGGUCCCCAACAAGACUGCCCUGUCUUCAGAUGCCAGCCACACUUUAGGAGUCCCCAGGCCACCCACACUCCUGACCACUGGCUACAAAUUCAGAAGUUCACACAACCCCUCAGGUUCAAUAAUUCACUAGAAGACUUACAAAACUCAGGAAAGCACCAUGCUGUGACUAUAGUUUUAUUGUAAAGGAUACAAAUCAGGACUAGCCAAAUGAGGAGAUGCAUAGGGCAAGGUGUGGGAGGGUCUCAAAUGCAGAGCGUCCGUGCUCUCUCCUGGUGGAAUACAUCACUCUCUCAGUACCUCAGUGUGUUCCCUAAUCAGGAAGUUACACUUAGCUGAUCUCUAGAGUUUUUAGUGGGCAUGAUAGAUGGAAUCAUUAGUUAUGGGAUUGGACUUAAUCUCCAGCCCCCCUCCCCUCCCUGGAGGUUGGGCUGGCUCCAAGUCCCCAAACUCCAAUCAUGUAGUCUUUCUGGUGACCAGCCCCCAUCCUGACUUACCUCAUCUCGUAGCAUAAACUCAGGUGUGAUCCAAGAGGCUCAUGAAUAAAUACAUGCUCCUAUUACUUGGGAAAUUCUAAGGCUUAAGAGUCUUUCUCCCAGGAAGCAGGGACAAAGGAUGUGCUUGCAGAGGAGUGGGAGGCAAGAGUGAUUGUCACACCCAAUCGGUAUGUGCCCCAAAGUGAAUGUGAAUGGGAGACUUGAAUCAGUGGUGGUUUUAUUUGGUCGCUGCACACUUCUUAAAGGUUUUGUCAUGCCAGUGUUUAAAAGAUUGUGCUCUCUAUUAUGUUGUACAUUAUUAAAUACAUUGUAUGUUUAUACAUAUACAGGCACAAACCCAUGAUCUGUAUUAACCGUUCUUUAUAGGUAAUUUUCAAGGUGAUUUUGGCUGCAUGUGAUUUUUGCCUUACCGACUAUAGAGUCUAGCCUCCAUGAGCUCCCUGAUUUGAGGCAACCCAUUCAGGUUGUUGGGCAGCCUUCAGGGUCAGGGAGUUUCUUAUGUUGAACCAAGUCUGUCCCCUGGUCCUGUGACUCUACCCUCUAGAGUCACACAGAGGACAGCCUCUGUUAGAAGAGGACUUUCAAUACUUGAAAACAGAGAUCCCAUAUGCUCCUAAAUCUUCUUUUCUCCAAAGCAAACAUUCUUUGAUUUCUUCAGCCAUUUUUAGUACAUUCUUCUACAUACAUGGUUUUAGGACUUUCUCAUGAAUAUUUAAUGGCCCUUGUAAACUGCAGUGCCAAGAACUGAAUACAACACUCCGAGUAGUUAAGUAAUUAUAGAACAGCUCUUACAUUUCCUGAUUUGGCACUCUAUGCCCAUUGAUUCAAUCAUCCCGAGAUUACACUUUUUUAGCUGAAUUGUAAUUUCUCAGUCUUUUUCACAGAUCAAGUAAAUGCACUUUGGACACACGUUCCUUAGAUGCCCGACAUCCAUCUCCCUCUCUCCUGGUAACGUCGUCAUGAUUUGGCUGGUUACUUCCGCAUUCUCAGUCUAUACCCAGAGAUAGGAACACAGCCCGGGACUGAACAAUCAAAACACUGUUCCCUUCAUCAUAGUGUGUAGAUCGUUCGUUUAAAUUAUUGAGGAAGAGGGCCUCUCUUUCCACUGGCAUUUCAAUACCAAUAUGAUAAAAGCCUUGAGUUACUACUGAAUGAAGCCAACAUGGAGGAAAGCAGAAUAGAAGGAGAGCAAUAGAGGGAGAGAGACUGAGUCUUUGUGACACCAUUUGUGCCAGCGUCCAACUCUGCCUAAGGCUCUGACCUGGACUUUCCAGUUACUUGAAAUUGCUGUUCUUUUGUUUGUUUGCUUAAACCGAUUUUAGCUUCAGUCAAAUGAGGCCUAACCAAUAUACUGUUUUCUAUUUAGUGGUGUGGUAGUAAAUGUUGAACAACCAGUUCUUGUUGGGAAGGGAAAGGAAAGGCCCUGAUUUACAGUGCUUGCUAAUUUCUAGAGUCUAAAUACCCCGCUGUGACCAAUUACAAGCUAACAUGUUAACCUGUUCACAAAUUUUCUAAGAAUUUAAUGAUCUAUGCUCAUAAGCCAGCUUCAGCACACUACGGCUUCUAUAUCUUUACUCAAGAUAUUAAUAAAAAUUUUGAUCAAAACCAAGCCAAGGAUCAAGCUCAGAAGCCAACUAGAGAACUCUCUUCUGUUGUCCAAGUUGUUGUGGAUACGUCAGUCAACGUUCUUUGGGCAAGCCCAACAAGCUACAGAUUUAACUCUUUUUACUAAAAUCCAGCCCAUGUUUCUAAAUACUUUGUCCACUAUUACGAGAAAAUGUCAGGAAUUCUGCUAAUGGCAAGUCAUCUACAUUCUUGCAUCCCUCUGUGCUGUCAGUCCAGUCCUUGUAGGAAGUGGAGUCACCUUGUCAUGGCUUCCUUCAGUGACCCAUGCUGCCUCCUGAAGACCACUGUUUUCCAUUCUAAAUGGCAAGCCACCUGCUAAGCACUCUGGGGGAGGACUUUUAUUGCUUGCCAAUUGUUUCUGGAAUCUCUCCUUCUCCCCCCUUGGAAAACUUGAACAUGGUCUGUGUCCAGUCUUUCUUCACUUUCACAGAUUAUUUCAGGUAUGUGCCAUGGGAGAAGUCAGAAAUGAGUAGAGUUGGAAUUUUGUCUAACCUUUAUCAUUUUUAUUUUUGUAAUUUUGCCAAAAUCUAUUUUCCCUCCAACAGAUCUGCAAUUUCUUAUGGGUCUAGAGGCCUGCCUUAUGGAAAGAAACUAGAGUUCUAAUCAGUUCUUCAGUCCUGACAUUUGUGUCUCUCUUAAUAAUGUUUGCUGUAGCCUUUUUGAUAAGAAGCACACUUCCACUGGUAGAAUUUUAGUUCCCUCUCCUUUUGCUUCACCCACAUGUUCUUCAUUGUGUCUAUUUCGGAUCUAUGGAUUUCCAACUAAGUCUACACCCUCUUAACAUUUCAUAUGAUUCUUCUUACUCCUCUGUAGAUAUUUCUUUUCAAUGAUUCAACUUUCCACAGGGUCAUACUUUGUGAGAUCCUCAACCCACCAAGUUUCCUUGACACUUGUAAGACUGUAGUUCCCUCAGAUUAAAAUUCCGUGUUUGCCGUGGUCAUUCCUUUUGUACAUCAUUAUAAAGACAUCUGAGGUCAUCAGUGCUAUAGGUGAACCCACUUUGUGGUUUCGUAGUGGGAAUUAUUGCCAUUUUAUCUAGUUAGUUUUCUCUGUUGCUUUCAUCUUUCAGUGUAAGGAACUCUUUUUCAGGUUAGCGAUCAUGAGUUAGCAAAUGCAUUCUUCCUGAUCCCAUGAUGCAGUGAUACACCACAUCCCUGGCCUGGGACUCAGUAUUCUCCUGGCUUUACCAUAGCCUUCCUAACCAAAAUCCUGUUCCUGGACAUCAUCUUCACAGCCAGCUCUUCACUUCCCAAAUCUUCGAUACUCCAACUGUCCUUGGGGAAAAGAACAUGAAAGUAAGACCUAUGCAACCAAGUCCCUCAGUUGCCAAACUAGGACCAGCAGGGCAUAAUGGCUAUGGCAUUCAAAAGGGAGUCAUGUUCUUGGGGUCUAGUCUCACCUUGGCUACUCACUGACUCAGUGACCUUGGACAAGCCCCUUUAAGCCUCUGGGAUUUGGUUUUUUGUUGUUGUUUUUUCCUCUCAUUUGAUAGGUGGAAAUAGUUGUCUCCCUGCCUAUAGCUCAGGGUUACGUUCAGAAUGAAGUAAGAUGGUAUGUGUGAAAGUGUUUGUGAACUGAGCAUUACACACAAGUGGGCUUCUGUUAGUAACAUUACCAAGGCUUCUUGUGAAAUAUAGGAUGUGAAAUUGUUGAGGGUGAGGAUUAUAAUCAGGUUUUCUGUCUCCAGGGCAGUUCUCAUUCUCCCACAGGAAUUUUUGAGCAGGAAGUAAGAAAAGUGAAAAAAAACAGGAGUGGCUUUAUUUGGGUGGUGGAGAAAAUGUAAUUUGAAACUUACGAAAAGUUGCAAGAACCAACAUAUACCCUUCACCCUGAUUCACCAAUUGUUUAUAUUUGCCCCAUGUUCUCUUUUUUUCUCUAAACAUAUUUUUGUGCAUGUGUAUUUUGGAAUGAUUUGAGAGUAAAUUGGAGAUACGACCCUUUAUCCCUAAGUACUUCUUUAUCUCUUUCCUUAGACAAGGACAUUUUCUCACAAAAUCAUAGUACAGUUCCCAAAAUCAAGAAAUAUAACAGUCAUGUAAUACUACUUUCUAAUCCACAGUCUAUAUUACAAUCUUGUCAAUUAUCCCAGUAAGUUCCUUUAUGGCUUCUUUUUUUUAGUCCAUGGUCUAUUCCAGAAUCACAUAUGGCGUUUAGUUGUUAUGCCUCUUUAAUCUCCUUUAAUCUGCAGUAGUUCUUCAGCAUUCCUUUGCCAUGAUUGACUAACAUUUUUGAAGAGCACAGAAGAGUCAUGUCCCUCAGCUUGGGUUUGCCUGAUUUAACCCAGAGUUUGCUGUAUCUAGGCAGGAGUAGCACAGAAAUGAUGUUGUGCCCCAGGUACAUCAGGAGGCAUCUUCAGUUUGUCCUAUUUUUGCUGAUGUUAACUUUGACCUUUUGGUUAAAGAGGGUCUGCCUUCUUAACUUGAAAGCUACUUCUUCUUUUUAAAUUAAUAAGGAAUUUGGAGGAAUGUAUGCUGAGACUAUGUAAAUACUGUGUUUCUCCUCAAACCUUUGCCCAUGAGUUCUGCCAUCCUUUGAUGAUUUUCUACCCCUACCAUUUAAGUAUAGCCGGAUAAUAUUUGAAAUAUUCCCUGAUGUAUUUUUCCUUCUCAAUAAUUCUUCUUUGUUCUGUGUUCUUUCCAUUGUUGGGACUAAGGCUCACUGCCCCAGGGAAGGGUGGAUGCUGGGGACCUUUAAGAACAGAGUAAAAUUCUUGACUUGUUCCAAAAUGAGCUCUUGAAAGCCACAGCUGUCAAUUUUAAGAGAUGCAUUUUUACAGGAAGAGAGGUGUUCCUUCUUCCUCCUUCCCUGCUUUCAUUCUCACUUCUUUUAAUUUUAAAAGGUUGGCUUUGAUGAUUAGUAUAGCAAAGCCUAACCCCACUGGAUAAUUAAUUCAGGAAAGAAACUUCAAUGGAUGCUAUAACCUGUUGGAGAAUAGGCUAUUUGCUUGACGUCAAAAGGAUUACAUCUCAGAUUGCUUACAAAUUUCACGGAGAAGAUGGUACCUUUGAAGGAGAGAUCUUGCAGUUGUCACUUUAUCCAAGUAAUAAAACUAGUAGCAAGACCACGUGACAUUAAGUGCCUCCUGCUAUGCUGCUUUCUCACUGCAUUUAGCAUGAACAUCACCUAUGAAAUGAUUUUGCCAGAAUGGCUCAAUCUGAAUCAUCUAGUCUCUAGACUGAAUUUCCAGUUUAUCAUAAAUACAUGGGAGAGAGGAGCAGGUUAAAUGAUACCACACACACACACACACACACACACACACACACACACACACACACACACACACACACACAAAUGGUCAUGAAGAACCUAGGGGCAAGACGGGAAUAAAGACGCAGACCUACUAGAGAAUGGACUUGAGGACACGGGGAGGGGGAAGGGGAAGCUGGGAGAAAGUGAGAGAGUGGCAUGGACUUAUAUACACUACCAAACGUAAAACAGAUAGCUAGUGGGAAGCAGCCGCAUAGCACGGGGAGAUCAGCUCUGUGCUUUGUGACCACCUAGAGGGGUGGGAUAGGGAGGGUGGGAGGGAGCCGCAAGAGGGAGGAGAUAUGGGGAUGUAUGUAUAUGUAUAACUGAUUCACUUUGUCAUACAGCAGAAACUAACACACUAUUGUAAAGCAAUUAUACUCCAAUAAAAAUGUUUAAAAAAAUCAAAUCAAUUGUUAAUAAAUAAAUGAUAUCACAAGUAAGCUAUCAGAUGAAUUCAGAAUGUGAGAUUUUUUUCCCCAAUAGGAAAAAAUAGAGGGGGUUGUGCUAGACAAGAUGAUACUAAAGAGACAAAACAACCAAAUGUAAUGGUUAACCUUUAUAAGAUUCUGUUUUGGGUUUGUUUUUUAAGCCAUAAAACAGGUUAUUGGCAUACCUGGAGAAAUUUUAAUAUGGACUGGAUAUGAAUUGCUGGAGUUGUGAUUUAUGAAAUCAUUGUCAAAUUUCUUAUUUGUGAUAAUGUUAUAGUAAUUAUACAGGAGAAUUUAUUUAGAGUACACAUGCCAAGAUAUUUAGAGGUGGUGUGUCAUUACUGUGGGGAGACAGUUCUUUAUCAGUUUCUGCACCAUCUUGUGAGCAAAGACACUAACAGCUUUUGUGCCAGUCUUUUUUUUUAAAUAAAUUUUUUUAUUUUAGACUGCAUUGGGUCUUCAUUGCUGCACGUGGGCUUUCUCUAGUUGAGGCGAGCAAGGGCUACUCUUCAUUGCGGUAUGUGGACUUCUCAUUCCGGUGGCUUCUCUUGUUGCGGAGCACGGGCUCUAGGUGCGUGGGCUUCAGUAGUUGUGGUGCAUGGGUUCUAGAGCGCAGGCUCGGUAGUUGUGGCCCACGGACUUAGUUGCUCUGCGGCAUGUGGGAUCUUCCCGGACCAGGGCUCGAACCCGUGUCCCCUGCAUUGACAGGUGGAUUCUUAACCACUGCGCCAUCAUGGAAGUCUCACCAAACAGUCUUUUCAAUGACAUUUGACUAGCAGAAAGCUUUGGAAGAUAGAGUGUCUCUCUCUAAGUCAAAGGGAAAGGGUUUUUUUUAGAGUGUAGCAUAAUAAAAACAGAGUCCCCCUCUCGGGUAAAAGUCAAGCAGGUUUUCUUGCAGCCCAUUAUAAAAGAUUUGAGCUUCCUGAGCUUGGAGUUCCUUAAUUGUGGCACAAACCCACUGUGUGUACAGCACCCCUCCUCCCAGGCUUCUCUGUGUUACCCCCCUGGGAACUGAGGGCAAGAGAAGCCAACGUGAACAAGAAGUUCAUGCCACUUGCUGUGCUGAGAGUAGUAAAGUCCUUUGUCUCUGACACAGAAGUCCUGUGUCUUCUACCAGCAUCUAUAAAACUAUGGUUGUUAGCUUGCAGCCUGGGAGAAAGUCCUUCAUAUCUGAUGAAGGACUUGUAUCUAAAAUAUACAAAGAACUAAUUCUUAAAGCUCAAUAAUGAUAAUAAAAAAACCCCAACCCAAUUCAAAAGUGAACAAAAGAUCUGAACAGAUCCUUCACCAAAGAAGAUAUACAGAUGGCAAAUAUGCAUAUGAAAAGAUGUUCCACAUCAUAUGUCAUUAGGGAAAUGCAAAUUACAGCAACAAUAAGAUACUACUACACACCUAUUGGAAUGGCCAAAAUCCAAAACAUUGACAACACCCAAUACUGGUGAGGCUAUAAAGAAAUAGAAACUCUCAUUGCUGGUGAGAAUGCAGAAUGGUACAGCACUUUGGAAGACAGUUUGUCAGUUUCUUAGAAAGUUAAACAGUAUUACCAUGCCAUCCAACAGUCACACUCCUAUUUACUCAAACUAGUUGAAAACUUACGUGUGCACAAAACCUACACACAGAUGUUUAUAGAAGCUUUACUAAGAAUUGUCAAAAACUGGAAGCAACCAGGAAGUCCUUAAAUAGGUGAAUGAAUGUGCUACAUCUAUACAAUGGGAUAUUAUUCAUCAACAACAACAAAAUGAGCUACCAAACCAUGAAGAGACAUAGAGGACUUUUAAAUUCAUAGUUAAGUGAAAGAAGCCAGUCUGAAAAGGCUGUGCACUGUGUGAUUCCAACUAUAUAACAUUUUGAAAAGACAAGACUAUAGACGACAGUAGAAAGAUCCAUGUUUGCUAGGAGUUUGGUGGGGAUGGAGCGUGGGAGAGAGAGAGAAAUAAAUGGAGCUCAGGGAAUUUUAAGGGCAGUUAAUCUGUUCUGUGGAUAAAUGACAUUAUACAUUUGUCAAAUCCCAUAGAACAACACAUAAAGUGAACCCUAAUAUGAACUAUGGACUUUAAUUAAUAAUACUAUAUCAAUAUUGGUUCAUCAGUUGUAAGAAAUGUACCACGCUAAUGUAAAAUGUUAAUAAUAGGAGAAACUAUGGGUGAGGGUGGUGGGAGGGUGGCAGGAAGAGUAAAUGAGAACCUUGUGUACUUUCGGCUCUAUCUUUCUGAAAACCUAAAUCUAACUUUUUAAUAAUUUUACUAUUUGAAAACUAUUUUUACGUAAUUAAUGUACACUUUUGUUUAUAAAUGCCUGAUUUAAAAAGAAAAAAGUAUAAAAAAAGUGUGGCGAGAGAGUGCGUGCUAGAGUCAUAUAUAGUAAAACAUUAACUGGCGUUGAAUCUAGGUGGAGGGUGUGCAGAUUUUCAUUUUACUAUUCUUUCUACUUUUCUCUCUGCAUUUCCUAAUGGGAAUGAGUGGACUGAGGCCAGAUCUAGAGGACUGGAAACACUAAGUAUGUGUCAGUGGGGAAAUAGGUGGUGAUACAAGGCCAGGUUUUCUGCCAUGCAGAGGAUGACAGAAACUCAUUCUCAUCUGGGCUUGGAUGGGGGUGGCCCCUGAGAGGAUUUAAUGAGGAGAGUGAGGGUGAACCACUACUGUAGGUUCUUGAGAAGGACAUCAAUAGUCUUCUUACCCGAUUGAGUCGGUACCUGAUUGGGUUGAAGGGAACACAAAACCUCAGAUAACUGAUGACCUCUGUAGACAGAGAAAAUUUGUAUCUUGAUCUCUAAGAGUGUAUUUGAAGGAGACUGCAGAUGUCUUAGAGGAGCCCCAGGUACAGGGGUACUGAUCACAGCAAAAUGGAAACAAUGGCAUGUUUAGGGAAGGAGCACAUGAGAUGGUACUCCAGAUCUGAUCUCCUGAGAUGCUGCAAGGGACAGACAGCAGCCAGAAUGACUGUGGGCUGCCUAGGCUUUGUGGUGGGCAUGAGAAAGGCAUGGAACAACCUACAUCCACCAGAGGCAGGAUCUCCGAGGACAAGGGCACCUGAACGGUGGAUUCCUUAGGUUAAGAGACGGGGAGCAAAGUGGAUCCUCCUUCAGUGGAGGAUGCCUGCAGAGAAACAGCCAUGGGUCAGGUGCCCGCCCUGCCCCCAUCCACCACGUCACGGUGUUAUGUAACCUCCUGUGUGCCCAGGUGCCACUUUUAGGAUGAGAGAAAGGAGGAGAAUAAUCCAAAUUAAUCAGUAUUUUCCCACUUAGACUGGGUUUAAAUCAGAAAUGUAUGAGUUAGCUCAAAUCAGUUAGCCAAUACAGUGAUUAAAGGAAAGCUACAUUUAGCUACACAUUAGCGAGCCUGAAUCUGUGGGGAAAGAUACUACAUUUGUUUAAAAUCCUGGACCAGCUUGUGGAUUCUCACUGGGUCCACCUUUCUGUGGCUCUCUAGUCAGCAAAAUUCUUAAAAUGUAUAAAAUUUUUAAUAAGUAAAAUAAAAAAUUUUGACUGUUCCUUUUGGUCUGUAUGACUGUCAUGGAGUAAUGUUUGUGUCCCCUCAGAAUUCAUAUGUUGAAGCCCAAAGCCCCACUGUGGCCAUAUUUGAAGAAAAGAAGUGAUUAAGGUUAAAUGGGGUGGUAAGGGUGGGGCUCUGAGCUGAUAGGAUUAGUGUCCUUAUAAGAAGAGACUUUAUUUAUUUUUAUUUUUUAUUUUUAUUGGAGUAGUACAGUUGUUUUACAAUGUUGCGUUAGUUUCUGCCGUACAGCAAAGUGAGUCAGUUAUACGUAUACAUAUAUACACUCCAUUUUAGAUCUCCUUCCCAUUUAGGUCACCACAGAGUGUUGAGUAGAGUUCCCUGUGCUAUACAGUAGGUUCUCAUUAAUUACCUGUUUUAUACAUAGUAGUGUAUAUAUGUGAAUCCCAAUCUCCCAGUUCAUCCCACCCCCUCUACUCUCCCUUCCCCCCUUGGUAACCAUAAGUUUGUUCUCUAUAUCUGUGACUCUAUUUCUGCUUUGCAAAUAAGUACAUCUGUACUAUUUUUCUAGAUUCCACAUAUAAGUGAUAUUAUACAAUAUAUUUGUUUUUCUCUUUCUGACUUACUUCACUCUGUAUGACAAUCUCUAGGUCCACCAUGUCUCUGCAAAUGGCACUAUUUCAUUCCUUUUUAUGGCUGAGUAAUAUUCCAUUGUAUGUAUGUACCACACCUUCUUUAUCCAUUCAUCUAUUGAUACGCAUCUAGGUUGCGUCCAUGUCCUGGCUAUUGUAAAUAGUGCUGCAGUGAACAUUGUGGUACAUGUAUGUUUUUGAAUUAUGGCUUUCUCAGGGUAUAUGCCCAGUAGUGGGUCAUAUGGUAGUUCUAUUUUUAGUUUUUUAAGGAACCUCCAUACCGUUCUCCAUAGUGGCUGUAUCAAUUUACAUUCCCACCAACAGUGCAAGAGGGUUGCCUUUUCUCCACACCCUCUCCAGCAUUUAUUGUUUGUAGAUUUUCUGAUGAUGCCAUUCUGACCAGUGAGGUGGUACCUCAUUAUAGUUUUGAUUUGCAUUUCUCUAGUGAUGUUGCGCAUCUUUUAUGUGUUUGCUGGCCAUCUGUAUGUAACAAGAGAAUUUAGAGAGAUGUAUUUUGUUAUAGCAGUUCAAGCAGACAAAUGCAAUAACUAAAAGCAGUCACUGAUGUGAUUCAAAAGGCCUUAAAACAUAUAUAUGUACACACACACACAUAUGUAUAUAUACGUCUCUGUAGAUUUUCUUGCGGGAACAGCAAAAGGAGGAUAAUACGGCACAGUAACAAAACUAAAAUCUUCUCCUGUGAUUGUUCCCUCUUUUCAAAAUCCCACAUCUCCUGGUAGGUCCCCAGAUGUCUCUUCUCCCCUUUCUCAACUGCACUAUUCAAUAUAGUAUCGACUAGCCAGAUGUGACUUUGAACACUUGAAAUGUAGCAUGGCUGAUUGAGAAACUGAUUUUUUUUUUAUUUUAUUUAAUUUUAACUAAUUUAAAUUUAAAGACCAAAGCAGUGUAAAACAUUUUGCCAUUAAACACGAAUGUAUUGUUUUAGUAGGACUAAAUUUCACUUUAAUUUUUGCAUCACUUAAUAUAUUAUGGUUGCAGUGUGUAGACUGAGCACUUUGGGUUUUCUCGUGUUAUACACGAGCGUAUAGUGAUCUAGUCAGCGACAGUGGAUUGUGUCAGUUCAACUGAUUUUUUUUCUGUGUACUGAUACAGUAUAAUUUUUUGAACACUUUAUACAGACCACAUGAGUUAUAGUAAUGCCCAUGUAAAUUGGGAUUGGUAAUUGAGCUGAAAUGCUUAUUAUUUUUGUUAUAAUUAAAUCAGUUUUCUAAUUAAAGUAAUACAUAUAAAGAAAUUUUUUUACUUUAAAAGCAAGUUGUACUACUGAUGCAGGAUUGAAUAGAGACAGAGAAGCUAGGACUAUGGUGUCUUAGUCUGUUUGGGCUGCUAUAUCAAAAAUACCACAGACUGCGUGGCUUAAACAGAAAACUUUCUCACAGUUCUGGAGGCUGGGAAGUCCAAAAUCAAGGUGCCGGCAGAUUUGGUGUCUGGAGAGGACCAACUUCCUGGUUCAUAACAGCUUGUCUUCUGCCAGUGUUCUCAAGUGGCAGAAGGGGCAAAGGAGCUCUCUGGGGCCGCUUUUAUGAGUACUAAUCUCAUUCAUGAGGACCCCACCCUCAUGAUCUAAUCUCCUCCCAAAGGCUCCCCUCUCCAAAUACCAUCACAUUGGGGAUUAGGUUUCAACAUGUGAAUUUUGAGAGGACACAAACAUUCUAUAGCAUAUAUUAGAAGAGUUUUUUUUUUUUAAAGACUGGAAGGAGGUAUGUUGUAGAUUUCACAUAGAAUGGCAGUUGCAAUUUGCUACAGCAGAACAAAACGAAAAAGAUGUUUGUUGUGUAAAAAAAAAUUUUAAGUCAGUAAUAGUGAAAUUUCCUCUCAAGAGUCAAAAAACAAUCUACAGGAUUAGUCACCUGAAAUCAAAAUUAAAUGUUCAAAAAAUUUAAAAAUAAUUUUAAACAGGAUUUGAGCUUGUAAGUUUGAAUUCUUGCAUGUGCAUGUACACACACAUACAACUAUUUU